GAAAAAACUGAAACCGGAGAAUCGGAAGUGAAACAUGUUAGCAAGUUUUUGUGGGCUCCCUUCACUUUCACCAAUAUCAACAUCAAAAUUGAUCAUUUCCAACCAACCUUACCUUUCAAUGGUGGAUAAGUAUUGCACCACCAUGAGAGACCUGCAACAAUUUCAUGCCCACCUGAUAAAAUCCGGUCAGGCCAUUGACUCUUUUGCUGCUAGCCGAAUUUUAGCCUUUUGUGCCUCUCCGUUGGGUAAUAUGGAUUACGCAUAUUUGGUAUUUCUGCAAAUGCAAAACCCUAAUCUCUUUUCUUGGAAUACAGUAAUAAGAGGCUUCUCUCAAAGCUCAAACCCUCAAAUUGCUCUCUCUCUUUUCAUCGACAUGUUGGUUUCAUCACAAGUAGAACCACAGAGAUUGACUUACCCAUCAAUUUUCAAAGCUUACUCUCAACUUGGACUUGCCUAUGAUGGAGCUCAGCUUCACGGGAGGAUAAUAAAAUUAGGCCUUCAGUUUGACCCUUUUAUCAGAAACACAAUUUUGUACAUGUAUGCUACUGGUGGGUUUUUGAGUGAAGCACGUCGAAUAUUUAACCAAGAAAUGGAAUUUGAUGUCGUUUCCUGGAAUUCCAUGAUUCUAGGUUUGGCUAAAUGUGGGGAAAUUGAUGAGUCGAGGAAGCUAUUCGAUAAAAUGCCUGUUAAAAACUCAAUUUCUUGGAAUUCUAUGAUUGGAGGGUAUGUUAGAAAUGGUAUGUUCAAAGAAGCUCUAAAGCUGUUUAUCAAAAUGCAAGAAGAGAGAAUCCAGCCUAGUGAGUUUACUAUGGUGAGUUUGUUAAAUGCUUCAGCUCAAAUUGGAGCCCUCAGACAAGGGGAAUGGAUUCACGAAUACAUAAAGAAGAACAAUCUACAGUUGAAUGCCAUUGUUGUUACAGCAAUCAUAGAUAUGUACUGCAAAUGUGGUAGCAUAGGGAAUGCCCUCCAAGUGUUUGAGAAAAUACCCAACAGAGGAUUAUCCAGUUGGAACUCAAUGAUCUUUGGCCUGGCUGUGAAUGGCUGUGAAAAGGAAGCAAUUUUGCUAUUCAAAAUGCUGGAAUCUUCAAGUCUUAAACCAGAUUCUAUUAGCUUUAUGGCUGUAUUAACAGCUUGUAAUCACGGUGCAAUGGUGGAUGAAGGCAUGAGAUUUUUCUCACGGAUGAAAAACACAUAUAGAAUUGAACCAUCAAUAAAACACUACAAUUUAAUGGUGGACAUGAUCAGCCGAGCUGGGUUUCUUGAAGAAGCAGAGCAGUUCAUAAAAACCAUGCCGAUGGAGGGAGAUGCAAUUAUAUGGGGGUGUUUGCUUUCAGCUUGUAGAAUCUAUGGGAACACAGAAAUGGCAAAGAGAGCAGCAGAGAAAGUUAAUGAAUUGGAUCCAGAAGAAACCAUGGGUUAUGUUCUAAUGGCGAAUAUCCAUGCUUGGAGGAAUAACUUUGUGGGAGCAAUGGAGAAAAGGGUUGCGAUGAGGAUGAAGAAGGUGGAGAAAGAACCUGGGGGCAGUUUGAUUGAAGUUGAUGAUGAAGUUCAUGAGUUCAUAGCUGCUGGUGGGAGGUUGCAUCGUAAAGCUCAAGAGAUCUACCUUGUAUUGGAUCAAUUGGGAGUAAUGCUACAAGAUAAAGGAGCUUUUGGAGAGGAAUUUGAAAUCAAUGAGUGUGGAGAUUAAUGUUUAAGACCUAAAUGACACUAUGAAAAUGUUCCUAACGUCUUCAUUUUGCAUAUAAACCCAUACAAAAGUUACUUUAAAUUUUGAAAGGAAAAAAAAAUUGAACUUUUGUCC